AUGCUCGAAAGCCGUUCGGAUAGAGACAUCGAUCCUCACUUGGCGGAGGGUCGCGAGGCGCAGAGGCAGAUGGUGCGCGCGGCGGUGGAGCGAUGGCGGAAGGAGCAGCGGGCGCGCGACAAGCGGGAGAUGAACGAAUCCAUGCCGAACACGCAGCCGCCCACAGGGGAGCGGUUCCUGCUGGGCCCGAAGAUCACUGUCGGGCUGGGACGAGCCGCGCGGGGACCACGUGCGCGCAAGCGCCCGGGGAGUGACGAGACGCGGCAGGUGGAGGGGCGCGUGAUGCUGGUCACGGCAACAAUACUGGGACGAGCAGCGCGCGGACUACGUGCGGAAGCACCCCGGUUGCAACGAGACGCGGCAAGGACGGGGUCGCAGCCGGGCGUGUGCGACAACGACGUGGGCGACUUGCUGCUGCUCAAGUCGCUCAAGAACAAGCUCGAUUACUGCUCGCCGCGAGACAUCCAGAUCUACUACAGCACGGCCAUUCUAGAUCGCUCCAUGGACUCGAUCUGGGUGAAGCUGCCGCUGCUGCGCAAGCUGAUGCUGUCGCACGCCGAGGUGGAGUGGUUCUGGUGGAUGGACUCGGAUGCUGUUUUCACAGACAUGACCUUUGAUGUGCCGUUUGAGAAGUACGAGCCACACGUCCACAUGGUCGUGCAUGGAUACGACUCGCUGGUCUAUGGCAAAAAGGACUGGGUGGGACUUAACGCUGGCAUCUACCUCAUCCGAAACUCGCAGUGGUCGCUCGAUUUUAUGGAGGACUUGGCACAGUUCGGAGUGAAAGGACCGAUGAGAGACGCAGCAGGCGUGAAGCUGUUCAAGGAGCUCUCGACCCGGCCCAUGUUUGAGGGCGACGACCAGAGUGCCAUAGUGUGGAUGAUAGCUUACCACCCGGAGAAGUAUGCCAAGGGGAUCUACCUGGAGAGCUCCUUCAUGCUGCACUCCUUCUGGCCCACCAUCACCCCCCACUACGAGGAGCUGAUGGACAAGUACCAUCCGGGGUACGGAGACCACCGGUGGCCGCUGAUUACCCACUUCGUGGGGUGCAGGCCGUGCGGCAAGAUCGGACAGAUUGAGUACGAGGAGACACAGCGAUGCGUUGAAAACAUGGAGAGGUGA